CAGUUUAACUGUAACACGCAGACAGCGGCACUAAAGAUGGAAACAUCUAUAAUGGACACAUGUUAUGUGUCUUGUUGUGCCAACCGCACUCCUAAUGCUGUGUCAUGGGGCAGAGGAGGUCUCAUCGCAUUUGGGACAUGUAAUUCAGUUGCCAUUUAUAAUCCGCAGGAAAUUAAGAUAGUCGAGGUCCUGAACAAACAUACUGGAAGGGUGAAUACUGUCCAGUGGGUGUACAAAAAUGACUGCAGUUCAGAAACACAGUUGGUGUCUGGUGGGUCUGAUAAUAAUGUUAUUGUUUGGGAGAAGCAUGAUGGAAAGUUCACUGUAUGUGCAGUAUGUUCAGGGCACUCAGGGCCGGUGUGUGCAGUGGAUGCUGUUUCUCUAUCCUCUCACUUACUGCUGGCCUCAGUAUCAUCUGACUCUACUGUUAAACUUUGGACAUGCACCUCUGAUAAAGCUGAAUGCCUGCAGACCAUAUCUUUCGGCAGCGGGUUUGUGAUGGAUGUCUCCUUGGCACUGUUGCCAGGCAGCAGAGUUCCUGUACUUGCCUGUGGGGGCGACGAUAGCAAAGUGCACCUGUAUGUGCAGAACAAUGAACUGUUUCAGAGGGUUUUGACACUGGCUGGUCACGAGGACUGGAUUCGAGGUGUGGAAUGGGCCAACAGAGAUGGAGAGCUCCUGCUAGCCAGCUGUUCUCAGGACUGUCUGAUCAGAGUUUGGAGGCUGUUUGCCAAGACUGCUGCUGAACUAGAGCAACAGACUGACACUGUCAUCAAAAUGAAGGAGGAUGUCUUUGAAGUGUCUGGAGAUGUGUUUGCUGUGACUCUUGAAACUGUGUUAGCUGGUCACGAAAACUGGGUUUAUGGAAUUCACUGGCAACCUCCACUCAUCAAAGGUGACUCAGUGGAACAGCCUCUGAAAUUGCUGUCUGCAUCAAUGGACAAGACCAUGAUUUUAUGGGGACCAGAGGAGGAUUCAGGUGUGUGGGUAGAGCAGGUUCGUGUUGGGGAAGUUGGAGGAAACACUCUGGGUUUUUACGGCUGCCAGGUGAGUCCAGACGGCUCAAUGAUUUUGGCUCAUGCCUUCCACGGAGCGCUGCACCUCUGGCAACAUGACCACAGCCAGGGGGAGUGGAAGCCUGGGGUCGUGGUUUCAGGUCACUUUAACGCAGUGCAGGAUUUAAGCUGGGACCCUGAGGGAGAGUUUAUUAUCACGGCCGGAUCAGACCAAACCACCAGACUCUUCACACCCUGGAAGAGAAAAGGAUGCUCACAGAUAACCUGGCAUGAGAUCUCCAGGCCUCAGAUUCACGGCUACGACAUGCAGUGUCUGACUAUGGUCGGACGUUUUCAGUUUGUGUCCGGUGCUGAUGAAAAGGUCCUGCGGGUGUUUAGGGCUCCGAGGAAUUUUGUGGAGAACUUUGCCAACAUAUCACGCACCUCUCUGGAGAAGCUACUGGGCUCCAGUGAAAUAGCUGAUCUGCCAGAAGGAGCCAGCACACCUGCCCUUGGCCUGUCCAACAAGGCUGUGUUUCAAGGCGAUCUUACGUCUCAGAUCCCUCAACAGGACACAGAUGAUUUCAAUAGCAGGUCCGACCAAUACAAAGAGUCCUACUUUCAACCUCUCAGUCUCACAGAGCCCCCGACAGAGGAUGAUCUCUUGCAGAACACAUUGUGGCCAGAAGUACAGAAGCUGUACGGGCAUGGCUUUGAGAUGUUUUGUCUGGCGUCGGAUUCCUCGAGGACUCUGGUGGCCUCUGCAUGUAAGGCUUCUAAAGCAGAGUAUGCUGCCAUCCUGCUGUGGAGCUCCACCUCUUGGAAACAGCUUCAGUCGCUGGCCUAUCACAGUCUGACCGUCACUCAGAUGGCUUUCUCGCCCGACGGACACCUUUUGCUCGCCGUUUCGCGGGACCGCACCUGGUCGCUAUGGAGACGGGAAAACCCUGGCUCGGAUUCAGAACCCAGAUUUUCACUCUACGCGAACACCAGCAAGGACACAGCGGUUCACUCGCGCAUCAUUUGGUCAUGUGACUGGAGCUCAGACAACAAGUACUUUGUGACAUCGAGCCGAGACAAGAAGGUGAUCAUUUGGGGUCAUCGUGGUUCUGUUGGGCGUAUCGGUGAGCAUGAUGAUGCAGAUGUGAGUCCCUGCUCCUCUGUUUUGGAUGUUGGAGAUUCAGCCACAGCCGUGUCCUUCUGCCCAUUUCUCUGUUCAGACCAGAGUUAUUUGUUGGCUGUGGGUCUAGAGAAUGGCAAGAUUUUGCUUUAUAAAUGGAGGCCAUUGAAUGAUCUGUCUUCUGGAUCAGACUGGAGCAAAUGUGGAGAAUCAGACUGCUCUCAAAGUCACACUCUGGUAGUAAAGCGGCUGCGCUGGAGGCCGAGGAUGGGCCGGGCUGAGGAGGAUGGGAACCAGGACCCGUCAUGGGUUCAGCUAGCCAGUGCUGGUGCAGAUCAUGCUGUCAAAAUCUUCAACAUCAAAAUAUCAACACUUUAAUUCUAAUACCUUUCCUUUGGAAACAUGACUGGGUGAGAUGCAUUCUGGGUAAUCUUCUGUGUGUCCAGUACCUGACCCACUGCUGAUAGUCAGAAGAAUGAACUACGUUUCACAGCAGUUCAAGUGAAGUGUGACAGUCUUCAGUUCAGAAAUAGGUUUGCUGUAAAUAUCAUAUGGGAAGCUGGGAGCGGUUAAACUCUAAUCUGGAAGUGGUUUAAUCUACCUACCUCACUUUCCUUAAGUCUGUUUAAGUUCUUUAAAUAUUGACACAAUUGCAUAUCACUUACGUAUACUGUUGUGUUAUUUAUGAUGUGUUAUAAUACAGUUUUGUACUGUAAUAAACAGCUUUUUUCUA